AGUAAACAACACAUGCACAACGCGCCGCGGCUGCAUCAAACCUUCCUGCCCUGUUUUACUUGCAAGCAACAAAAUUCAGGCCCCAACGACUCGCCCACAGAACUCACCAGGUUGUGCUCAAAAGCAGAUAGUGACGAAACUGAUUGCCGCAAAGCCACUCCUCAAUCGCUGCCUGUCGAGGCCAAACCAACUUGCUCGCCGAUUGCCCUCAGCCUUCGCCAUGGCAUCCUCCGCUGCGACGGUGCCUCAGCUGCCUAAGCGCAAGCUCGGCAAUACCGGACUGGAAGUCUCGGUGAUGGGCUUUGGCGCGUCGCCCCUGGGCGGCUCGUUCGGGCCCGUGGAUGAGGCGGGCGCCAUCGCGGCUGUGCACGCGGCCUUUGCGGCGGGCGUCAACUUCUUCGACACCUCGCCCUACUACGGCGCCACUCGCAGCGAGACGCUCCUGGGCAAGGCGCUGAAGGACCUGCCCCGUGACCAGAUCGUGCUGGCCACCAAGGUGGGCCGCUAUGGCCUGAAUGUGGAGGACUUUGACUUCUCGGCGGCGCGUGUGACCGCCAGCGUGCACGACAGCCUGGAGCGGCUGCAGACCGACCGCCUGGACCUGGUGUACUGCCACGACGUCGAGUUCGGGGACCUGGACCAGGUUGUGAAUGAGGCGCUGCCGGCCCUGGCCGCGCUCAAGGCGCAGGGGCUGGUACGGCACGUGGGCAUCAGCGGACUGCCGCUGGGCGCCUUCCGCUACGUGCUGGACAAGGCGCCGCCGGGCGCGGUGGAGGUGGUGCUGUCGUACUGCCACCUGUGCCUCAACGACACCAGCCUGCAGCAGCUGCUGCCGUACCUGGAGGCCAAGGGCGUGGGCGUGGUGGCGGCGAGCGCCCUGAGCAUGGGCAUGCUCACAAAGGCCGGCCCGCCUGAGUGGCACCCCGCGCCGCCGGCCCUGCGCGCGGCGGCGGCGGAGGCGGCGGCGCUGGCCGAGUCCCGCGGACAGCGCAUCGAGGCGCUGGGGCUGCGGUUCGCGUUCAAGCAGCCGGGCGUUGCCACCACACUGGUGGGCAUGACCACGCCCGACAUGGUCACACAAAACGUGGACGCCGUACUGGCGGCGCUGGGGAUCAAGAAGCCGGCGGCGGCGGAUGGCGAGGCGGCGGCGGCGAAUGGCGAGGCGGCGGCGGCGGACGCGGCGGCGGAUGCGGUGGUUGCGGAGCUGGAGCAGUUGUUUGUGGCGCGCGGCGUCAAGGACGUGACGUGGCCCUCGGGGCGGCCGCUGCCGGCGGGGUACUAGCGCGGCUGGCUGGGUGGCUGGGUGGAAGGUGGGAGAGGUGGGAGGGAGAAGUGGGAGAGAGAUGGAAGGUGGGAGAGGGGUGGGAGAGGUGGGCGUGGUGGGAGAGGUGGGCGGGACAGGAGAGGUGAGGUGGUGGGUGAAUGGUAGAGGACGGGGGUGUGGAGGAGGUGGGGUUCGGCAGUAGCUGUGUGUGAGCGUGUGGGUGUGACCGUGUGAGCAUAGGGCCGCCUCAGCAGCAGGCAAGCGAGCGCCCGAGCGCCCAAGCGCGGUGCACUGGGCGGUGUGCUGGGCCAUUGCCGGGAACAUCCGCCUGCGUCGUCCUGUGUCCACUUGGCGGGAGGCUUUGGGGUGGGUGUCACUUGUGAAGCACAAGCAAGAUCAGAAAGCUAAGAGCGUGGAUCGUCCAGGCCUCGUGACUCAGUCGUGAGCGUUGUGCUCGCUUGCUUUCCCGGUUUCGCACUCAGGGCUUGCAGGCGGAGGCACCCCUGGAAGAUGCAAAGCCCUUUUCGCACUGUGAUCAUUUUCGCAUUGUUUUUGGUACAAGCAUCGUGGAGAUGUCCAUGCCACCACACGCCUAUGCGGGAGGUCUAUGGACUCGGCAGGUGUCCGUCAGCAUUUGACAGCCUGACAGGCCCCUCGUGUAACCGCCGCAUUCG